GGGAGCGCCGGAAGCCAGCCCCGCCCCUCAUUGUGCGGCUCAUACUAAACGGAAGGGGCCGGGAGAGGCCGCGUUCAGUCGGAUCCCGGCAGCAGCUGCAGCGGCUCUUGUCUUUUUGGCUCGCCUUGCUAUCUCCUUUUCGUUUCCGGAAACAUGGCCUCCGGUGUGGCUGUCUCUGAUGGCGUCAUCAAGGUGUUCAAUGACAUGAAGGUGCGUAAGUCGUCGACACCAGAGGAGGUGAAGAAGCGCAAGAAGGCCGUGCUCUUCUGCCUGAGUGAGGACAAGAAGAACAUCAUCUUGGAGGAGGGCAAGGAGAUCCUGGUAGGUGAUGUGGGCCAGACUGUAGACGACCCCUAUGCCACCUUUGUCAAGAUGCUGCCAGACAAGGACUGUCGCUACGCCCUCUACGACGCCACCUAUGAGACCAAGGAGAGCAAGAAGGAAGACCUGGUGUUUAUCUUCUGGGCCCCUGAGUGUGCACCCCUCAAGAGCAAAAUGAUCUAUGCCAGCUCCAAGGAUGCCAUCAAGAAGAAGCUGACAGGGAUCAAGCAUGAAUUACAAGCAAACUGCUAUGAGGAGGUCAAGGACCGCUGCACCCUAGCUGAGAAGCUGGGGGGCAGCGCCGUCAUCUCCCUGGAGGGCAAGCCUUUGUGAGCCCCCUCCAACCCCCUGCCUGGAGCAUCUGGCAGCCCCAGACCUGCCCACGGGGGUUACAAGCUGCCCCCUUCCUGCCAGACCAGAGGGGCUGGGGGGAUCCCAGCAGGGGGAGGACAGUCCCUUCACCCCAGUUGCCAAACAGCCCCCUCACCCCCUGGACCUUCCUCCUCCUCCUUCCUCCACCCCUGAAGGUUCUGGCCUUCCCAAACCGCUUUUGAUCUUCUGAUUCCUCUUGGGUUGAUGCAGACCAAGUUCCCCCCAGGCACCCCUGUUUGGGGGGGCCUGUAUUUUUUUUAACGACAGCCCAAUUCCCCACGUGUUCCUCUCCUUUCCCAUGCUGCCAAUUUCUAACCGCAAUAGUGACUCUGUGCUUGUCUGUUUAGUUCUGUGUAUAAAUGGAAUGUUGUGGAGAUGACCCCUCCCCACGCCGCCUGAUUCCCCUCCCCUUUUCCCCUGGUCACAGCCACUCAUGGAAGCAGGACCAGUAAGGGACCUUCAAUUAAAAAAAGAAAAAGAAAAACACACAACAAUAAAAUGGCUCACUAAUGGGA